CGCUGUGAGAGCCGUCAGGCGCUGCCGCUUCUCCCGUCACGGUCAUCCUCUCUAUCCGCUCUACCCUUUCGAACAAUGUUAUCUAUGUCCCGCACGGCUCCGAAUCAUUCACUGACUGCUGCAUCCGAGGCUCUGGACUGAUCCGAACAUCUACAGCGAUGUUUCUUUCAUUGAAACCCACAGCAGACGUUUGUACUCCGGGGGCUGAUGAAGCGAGACUCGAGGCUCACGCAGAGAGAGUGGAGAGUGGAUGCAAAUAUAUUUCGGACACUGGCUCUGAAAUUCACACAGACAUGUUGAUCAGGUGCAGCAGCUCUGCUUGUGGGAAUUAACUGCAACAGGCCCAUAAAUAGGCCUGAGCUUAAAACACACUUACAAUCAUGCCUCCAGGUUAUACUCGAGCACUGUGCUCCAGACUCAUGUAUAUUUUAAAAGGCUCAAGACCAUUGUUUGAAAGCGAGGGUGUGGACCUGGAUGGGGUUGUGUUACAUAAUGUCUUCCCACUCAUCACUCCAUGCCUUCCCUUCUGAUCCUCGCUCGGCCUGCGCUCAUCUCAUCCCACUCCGCCUGAUCUGUCCGAGGCUGCGAAAUGAACCCAGGCAUCCAAUCAAGUUGCCAUGGCCACGGUGGUGAUGGAACAGAUUGGUCGCCUGUUCAUCAAUGCGCAGCAGCUGCGUCAGAUCCCUCAGCUGCUGGAGUCGGCCUUCCCUACAUUGCCUUGCACUGUGAAGGUGUCCGAUGUCCCCUGGGUGUUCCGCGAGCGCCACAUCCUCACCGGCUACAGACAGCCGGACCAAAGCUGGCGCUACUACUUCCUCACCCUCUUUCAAAGGCACAAUGAGACCCUCAACGUCUGGACCCAUUUGCUGGCUGCCCUCAUCAUCUUGGUGAAGUGGCAGGAGAUCUCAGAGACGGUUGAUUUUUUGCGCGACCCUCACGCUCAGCCCCUCUUCAUUGUCCUCCUGGCAGCCUUCACCUACCUCUCCUUCAGCGCACUCGCUCAUCUCCUCUCUGCCAAGUCUGAGCUCUCGUGUUACACCUUCUACUUCCUAGACUACGUCGGGGUGGCUGUUUACCAGUAUGGCAGUGCCCUGGCACACUACUACUAUGCCAUAGAGAAAGAGUGGCACACUAGAGUGCAAGGCCUCUUCUUACCUGCAGCAGCGUUCCUGGCCUGGCUCACUUGCUUCGGCUGCUGCUAUGGCAAAUAUGCCAGCCAUGACAUACCCAAGUUUGUCCUCAAGCUGUUCCAAGUGGUGCCCUCAGCCUUGGCUUACUGUUUAGACAUAAGCCCCGUGGUUCACCGCAUCUACAAGUGCUACCAGGAAGGCUGUUCCGACCCGACUGUCGUGUACCAUUUCUAUCACGUGGUCUUUUUCCUAGUCAGCGCCUAUUUCUUCUGCUGCCCUCACCCGGAGAGUUUAUUCCCUGGAAAGUGUGACUUCAUUGGACAGGGCCAUCAGAUCUUUCACGUGUUCGUGGUCGUGUGCACCCUGACACAGAUCGAAGCGCUGCGAACAGACUUCACCGAGCGCCGCUCCCUCUACGAGCGUCUACACGGCGAUCUUGCACACGAUGCAGUUGCACUCUUCAUCUUCACUGCCUGCUGCAGUGCUCUGACCGCUUUUUAUGUACGCAGGCGUGUGCAUGACGUUCUCGACGAGAAGGAAGACUAAGAAUGGGACAAGUUGAGUUUAAAAAAAUGUGAUUUGUUCCACUGAGGUUACUGUUAAAUGAAAUGAUCAAAAAGUUUGUAUUUAUGAAAGUUAUCAAUUUGUGACAGUGACUGUGAUUUGCCAAACUACAUUGAGCUAUAUGUUGUUUUUCUUUUCUUUUUUUUAAUGAGGACAAAGGAAUCUUUAAAUUUGUUUUGGUAGCAAUACAGGUAGUGGUUAAAACACUGAAAUGAGUCCUUACAUCUUCACUCUUUUAUUAGUCUGCAAUGUUUUUAUUUAAUCAUAGUCUAAAGGAAUUUGGUACUUAACCAGCAAAAUGAAGACUGGCUUCUAAUGAUGUCUAUUGGAACAAUUUAAUGUUUUAAAUUAACUGUAGCAUUUCAGUUAGUGCAACCAUUUGUUUUUACAGACAAAUAGUGCAUAUAUUAUUCCAUAUCCAGUUUGAACUGGUACUCCUCUCUCUAAUUAGGUACCUUUCUGACUUAUUCUUCAGUUUGAUCCCGCCUGUCUGCGGUUUUUAAUUUAUCAAGGUGCCAACACUGUGCCAUGCAAAUGUUUGAAUAUGUUUCAGAAAGGUCCCGUGUCCAAUUUGAAAACCAAAUAUUACUCGACUUAUUCAGGAAGAGAUGUGUUUUUCCCAGUGGGUGACCCUAAUCUGUCAAAAUAUGUUGAAAGUGAGGCUGGCACUCGGUAUCAGUUUAGAGAUGGACACUGGAUUAUUGAUGUCACUUGUUGUGGCAGUGCUAAUCUUCCUUUUUUUUUUUAUUCAAAGGGCUGGAACAUCAGCUUUUGCCUUUUCACAUCCCAUGAUAUUAAUGCUUUGGUGUGCAUUGUUGAUCACAUUUAAGUCACAAAAAGCCGUGUCAGACUGGUGUUCUGCUUUUGACAUUUUGUUUUUGUAUAAAUAUAUAUGUGCCUCUACGCAUGUCUUUUUUUGGUAUAUACUGUUGAUAUUAAGUGUGUGAAUGUCUAUGAAAGCUUAGCCUUGCACUUCUUUCUUACCCUGUAAAUAACCUGUAUUCCUCUCUGGUCCUUUAAAUCCCCCUUUUUGUCUUUGUCAAAAGCAGAGUUUACUUUUUUUUUCUUCUCCUUCUUUUUAUAUAUAUAUAUAUAUAUAUAUAUAUUUUUAGUUGACUUUUGUCAAAUAAAAUCACACUGGUAAUGUUGCUUAGAUUCCUAUCCCACUAAAUUCUUAAUGUCAGAAAUGAUCUGCUGAAUAUUCAUUGCAACACUCUGUUCAUGAUGGUGUUUAAUGUGCCAAUGAAUCUGUUAUUGCCUCAGUGAUGGUACAACUGGAGACUUUAUUCAAAGUCGGGUUGUCUGAAAAUGACCUCUUGACCCGACUGCAAACAUGUUGCUGGGGAGAUUUAACCUCCACACCCAUGAAUAUGAACCUUUGAUAUCUGUUGACUUUGACGGCACUGACCUGGUCCCAUCAUGCACUGCCACUGUAUAUAUUUUAGCUGACAACACUGGCUAUGUUUACAUGCAUGGAGGUGUCUGCUGUUGAUGUCGUUUUUCUGGUGUUUUGUGUUGAUUCAGAGUAACCUGGGCAAGCCUGUGCUCUACUCCACCUGUGAAAGACACCUCCCAUUUUGCCUUUUCGUUUGAAGGGUUGUAGCAAAAAGAACGAGAUGUGGGGAAAGUUCCUUUGCACUUGUCAUCUAAUGCUUCUUUAUAGGGAUAUCAUUUCCAACUGGCUAAAAAUGAAGCCUUAAAAUCUUCAACCAACUCAGCCUGAGACACAAGGUUCUUGUCCUGGUCAUCCAAAGGACCAAAAUGAUUAAAGCUAGGGUUUUAAUUUCAUUACCAGGUAAAACAGAUGACUACGUUUUGUUGAAAUAGAAAGGGAGCUGCAGAGAGAAGACCACAGUGCUUUUGCAACAUUGAUACUGUGUCACAGAUUAUCUAUGGUGCAUGCCAAUUAAACCUGAACAGUCUUGACUGGAUUAAGCCAGCACUCCAUGUAUGUGACUUCUGUGUGUCCUAGGCUACUUUUAAGGACACAUUUCAGACUAAGGAUCAGUUAGUUGGAAUGGCAUUGGGACAAAAUCUGUGUCCACAAAAAGGAUUAUUUUAUUGGUGAGCGAUAAGGGUUUGGGAAGCUAUGACUUAGGCUGAGACCCCAAAUGUCCCCGGCUGUCUUAUUGCCCUGAACGUGAACUGUGUGUGUGUGUGUGUGCGCAUUGUGUGAUGUCUGUGUGAGAGUGUGUAUAAACAUAGCGUCAGAUGCCAUCCAAGGUUUCCUUUUAGUCCUUUAUGAAAUCAAGGUGAGAGCGACUACAAUGUCUUCUGCCUCUACAGAUAUGUAUGGCUGAGUGUAAUAUUCUGUGGUAUUCAAGAAAAUAAAAGUGUUCUAGUGAA